UGGGAACGGGCCGCCUCCGACGCCAACCCCGCAGACCAAGUUCGCGCGCUGCUCCGGAGCCAGUUCCACGUCGAGCUCGGCACCAUUGCCUGGGCCAAAAUGUACGAAACCCUGUGGCAGUGCGACAUGAUGCCGGGAAACAGCCCUGCUGUCCCGCGCCGCGAGCGCGGCAAACCUGGAGUCGUGAGCGUGCACCUCUGUGAAGCACCCGGCGCAUUUAUCGCCGCAACGAACCACUUUGUCAAGACACACAGACAGAACUGGCGAUGGGACUGGAUGGCGGUCUCUCUCAAUCCCUAUUGUGAAGCCAACGACAAAUUCGCCAUGAUUGAAGAUGACGCGCUCAUCGCGGCUACGAUGCCGAACUGGUGUUUCGGAGCGGACAAUACGGGCGAUAUCCGGCGCAUUUCAAACAUCCAAGCAAUUUGGGACCGUGGAAAAGAGCUGUGCACGAGGAUGGGCUGUCCUGGAGGGGUGCUCAUGGUAACUGCGGACGGUGCGGUGGAUACAAGCAUGGACCCAAAUCGUCAGGAGAUGAUCACUGCCUCGCUACACUACUGCGAGGUUGUGGCGGCACUGGGGCUGCUGGCAGUGGGCGGCAACUUUGUAUGGAAGGGAUUCACGUUGUACGAGCACCCCUCCAUCUGCUCGCUAUUCCUCAUGGGCUGCCUAUUCGACAAGGUGCUGGUUUACAAGCCCGCCACCAGCAAGCCCGCUAACUCGGAGGUCUAUGUGGUGGGCAAGGGCUUCAGGGGGGUGCCCACUGAGGUGCUGGAGCUGCUGCUGGGGAACUGCGGCGAGGACAUCUUCACUGGCAGGUGA